AUGAAGAUUCUCCAGGUAACGCCGCGUAGGCUGCGAUUUUCUCCGGUGUGCGAUAGCUUGUCCCUGAAGAAAACAUUAAAACUGGUUUCGAAAGGGGGGAGAGAGAAUCAGAAUACAGGGGAACGGAUGACGAGGCCGGUCGUGCUGCCGCCGCCGGCGUCGGUGGACCGGAGGCAGCCGCUCCUCGGCGCCUCGGGGCGGGGGAGGAAACCGAGGCUGGGGGAAGUCGCCGGGGGGACGGCGGCGGAGUGCGCGGUGGUGUGCUGCUGCUGCCCCUGCGCCCUGCUCAAUCUCCUCGUUCUGGGGCUGUACAAGCUGCCCGCGGGGAUCUGCCGGAGGGCGCGGAGGAGGAAGCGCCGCCGCAGGAUGCUGGAGGCGGGGCAGCUGCCGCCGCGCGGGUGUGGAGGCGGCGGCGGAGGGGAUUUUCCGGCGAUGGAGGCCGGAGAGGAUGUCGGGGUGGAGGGGAGGGAGGCGGCCGACGAGCUGGACAGGGAGAUGAUGGAGAGGUUCUACGGAGGAGGCUUCUGGCGGAGCUCGUCCCGGAGAAACGAAGUCGAGGCACAGUAA